GUCAGUGUCACAUGCUUCCACAAACACGCCCCAUGCGGACUGUUUAAAAGGGUCUCCCACCAAGAUUGUUUUCAACAGACUGACCUGAGAGAGUACAACUCGGCUGUGAACCCUCCUCUCCAUGAUGAAGAUGCAGGCAACAUUAUUUUUAGCUCUGCUGGUUCUUACAGCCGCAGUUCACUGCGACCCCCAGUUUUAUCUGCCCAUCGACUGUGAUGACAUCUAUCGCCAUGACAACACCACCUCCAGUGGGGUGUACAUCAUCUAUCCUGGAGGUCCCACCACACCCCUGCAGGUCUACUGUGACAUGGACACUGACGGAGGCAGAUGGACUGUAUUUCAGAGGAGGCUCGAUGGGACUGAAAGCUUCUUCAGGCCCUGGAGUCACUAUAAAACUGGAUUUGGGAAGGUGGCCGGAGAAUAUUGGCUUGGCCUGGAAAACAUCCUCCUGCUGAGUAUGAGGAAGAAGAAUGAGUUGCGGGUUGACAUGGAGGACUGGGAGGGAGGGAAGGUAUUCGCCCAAUAUUCCUCCUUCUCAAUCGAUACUGAGAACGCUGGGUAUCAGCUUCAUGUGGGCAGUUUCACUGGCGGAUCAGCAGGUGACAGUUUAGUAAAUAACAACAACAUGAAGUUCACCACCUUUGACAAAGACCAGGACCAGUGGGAUAAAAACUGUGCUCAGCAUUUUCUAGGUGGAUUCUGGUACAACGCCUGCCACGAGGCUAACCCCAACGGGAUGUACGCGCCUCAUGGUGCCAUCGGAUUUGAGAACGUCCAUGUCAUUUGGAAUGCAUGGAAGGGCUGGAACUACUCCCUUAAGACUAUCGCCAUGAAGAUCAGAUCAGUUGCUACGUGUUCAUGCACACAUUAACCUGAUUAACUGAUUAGCUGAUUAGCUGUAGCUUAAAUAGAUUAUGGUAAUACAUCACCCUCCAUCAAGUGGGGAGAGUUGGGGAGCCGCACCUCCAGCACCUGUGUUGUUCCUACAAUAUGUAUAGAAAAAUAUGAAAUGUCAGUUAUUCAUUUAUUCUUUCAAAAAGGCAAAUCAGUCAGAAUAUUUGAGUUCAACAGGCUGAAUGCAUUUGCUCCCUAUACUCUACUUUCCUGUUUAUUCAGUCUCUUCUUUUGUUAUGUUGAAUUUUGUAAAAUAUUUUGGGGUCGUUAGUUUUGAUAGGUCUUAUAUAAAUAAACUUUAUACUGCA